CCCGCUGCUCGCCAUGCCGCCGCGUGACGUCAGCGCGCGGCGCCGCUGGCCCGAGCCGGGCGCGCCCGAGGAUGGCGGCGGCCGCGCGCUGAGGCGGUGCCAUGGAGCCGGCAGCGCUCGGCCGCCUCCGGCGCCUCCUGCCCGCCGCCCCGUGGGCUCCGCGGCCCGGCUUUUCUUUUACGCCGGCCCGCGGCGGGCAGACGGCCGGCGGCGGAGCUUCGCGGGUGCGCCGCGACCUGUACGAGGUGCUGGGCGUCCCUUCUACGGCGACGGCGGCGCAGAUCAAGACGGCGUACUACGAGCAGUCGUUCCGGUACCAUCCCGACCGCAACGCCGGCAGUGCCGCCGCCGCCACGCGUUUCGCCGCCAUUAGCGAGGCUUACCGGGUGCUGGGCAGCGCUGCCCUGCGCCGAAAGUACGACCGCGGCCUCCUCAGCGACCAGGACCUGCGUGACGCCCCCAAGCCCUCGGGCCGGCCGGCCGCCGCCAGCUCGCCGCCGCCCCGAGCGCCUCCCGCGGCUUCCCGUGGGCCCGUCCCGCCGCCCUUCAACUUCGACGCGUUCUACCGGGCGCACUACGGGGAGCAGCUGGAGCGGGAGCAAGCGCUGCGGGCGCGGCGGGAGCAGCUGCGCCUCCGCCGGGAGGAGUCGGCGGCCCGGGGACGCUUCCGGCUGCUCGCAGAGGCCUCGGUCGGAGUCGUCUUUGUCCUGGCUUUUGCCGUCCUUUACGGCUUAAAGUGACAGCGGGGCUGUGCGGUCACUGGGGCCCCCACCUUGCUGCCCUGCUGCCAUGGGAUGGCGUGUCACCAGUGGGCACCCACACAGCUGGCAGGCACCACGUACAGGGUCUGCUUGUCAGGCUAUGACAUUUCCCCUCUGCUGGUGUGACCUCCAGACACGGUACGUGACCAGUGGGCUCCAUGUGUUAAGCUCUGCGUCUUAGACCGAGAUGUGUCUCAGUGUGACCUUCAGUGACAGCACACAACCAUCCAGCGCCGUGUGUGGGCUCAGCUCCGUGGCUGUGCCCCUCUGCUGGCCUGAUCUUCACACGUGAGGUGCAACUGGCAGAGAGUUCCUUGGCUGUGACGUGACCUCUGCUGGUGUGACCACUGGAUACCACCUGUGGGCUCUGCUCCACAGGCUUCGACGUGCCUCUGCUGCCAGUGCGACCUUACAGAUGUGGUGUGGGGGGCCCAGGCUGCAGUGUACCCCCUCUGCCAACACGAGCUGCAGGCGCAGUGCCUGGCAGGUAAACUCGGUUCAUGGACUCGCUGGACUCUGACAUGCCCCUUCCAUUGGCACUGCUGUCUGACCUUGGUGGGAGCCACGUGCCUGUUCUAAGCCACAGCAGAGAUUAAACAGCUGUCAGUGGUGUUUGUGUGUGCUGUGUGUUCUUGGGGGUUGCUCUCCAUCAGUGCUGAGCUAUGGCUCUGUGUGGUUUUUCUGUCAGUCCAACACCUGGCACCUCUGUGCUCUCACACUUGUUAGUCCAUGGGUGCAGAGUUUUAGGAAUGUUUAGCUCCAAACUGCAUCACUGCCCUUCCAUCAGCCUGGAAGAAUGAAAGCUAGGCCUCUGUGGUGCCUCAUGUCCUGUCAGCGUGCGACAUUGCCUGGAGGUGCUGCCCAAAGCACUUCUGUGUUCAGAGCAGCUUGUCCUGGCUAGGGCUCGCCGCGGACUUCGCACAAGGCCAUCCCACCCGGGCUGUGGUGGCUGGGUGUGGCACACUUCUGAGCACUAAGUGGCAUUACUUGUGUUUUACAGCCAUCUGAGCGUCAUUUGCACAUGAGAGUAUUUGCCUAUUUAAGUAUUGAAGAGUUUGAAGAACUAAGGACUGUCUCUCAGAACUUCUGCCUGUUCUUCUGUUCACUACACAGAGUGAGUGAAGCU